CGCCGCGCUGCCCGCCCCCAGCAGCAGCCAUGGCGGAGGAGUAGCGGGGCGGAGCAGGAGGGGGCGGAGCGGGGCGCGGAAAGUUGCGCUGCCCGGGGCCAUGCCCGCCGGGCGCUCGGGCUGGGGGCCGGGCUCAGCCAGCGGCGGCGGCCGGCGGGGAUAAGGAGGGAGCCGGCGGCGGCAUGGCUUCCAAGGAGCGGCUGUACGAGCUGUGGAUGCUCUACUUCGCCAAGAAAGACUUGACCUACCUGCAGCAGUGGCUGGAGACGUUUGUCAUGAACUUUGAAAAGAUCAUCGCGGUACAGUCUUUGGACCCGAGGAGGCCAGAAGAUUCAGUCUCUGAGAUCCCGCUGCUCCCACGCGACGUCCUGCACGUGCUGAGCCAACAGCUGGCGCACUGUGUGGCCCAGAUGGCCCGCGAGGAGGCGGCCGAGGCGGGCCUUGGCCAGGCGCUCCUGCACGUCAAGUUCUUUAUCAUCAUCUGCAGGAAUUUAGAAAAUGUCCAAGCCGACAGGACGCCAGUUUUUAUCCACGAGGUGCUUAGCUUGCUGUUUGCAUGUACAGCCAAGCUAAAGAACACCCCGGAGCAGUGUGCCCCCAGCAGGUCUCAGCUAGAGACCGUAACAAUCUAUGCAUUGCACCUCUAUGAAUGCCUCUUCGACCCCUACCAGACGUGGAGGAGGCAGCUGAGUGGGGAAAUUGUCAGCAUGAAAGAGAAGAGCAAAUACAAGUUUGCACCAGCUGCUUUGCCUCUAGAGUUCAGCACUUUCUUCCAAGGGAGCUUCCAGGAUGAAGGGCAGCUUCCUGAGGCUCUCCAGCUGCGACUUAUCCACCUCUUUGGAGCCAUUAUCUCUGGAGCCAAGCAAAACGCCCUGCAGGUGAUCACGCCGGCCUCCGUUGAGGCCCUCAUGCUGGUGCUCAGACAGUGGUGCUCCCCACGGAAUGGAGACACCAAGGACCCCAAGCUGCUGCAGCUGACCUUGAAGAGCCUGGUGGGAAUGAUUCACAUCCUGCACGCCAGCAGCCCGGGCCAGCGCAAGGUGGAGAUCAGGACCAUCUUGGACAGCUACUUCAAGGUCCUCAACUCAGACCAGCCCAUGGCCUCUCUGAAAGGCUCUCCGGCCACUCGCUGGGAGGAGGGGAUGAUUGCUCUCAGGGUGAACAUGCUGGAUGCAAUUCCGGAAAUGCUGAAUUGUGGCGACCGGCCAGUCCUGCAAGCCAUGUUCCUCAGCAACAACUGCUUCGAACACAUCAUCCGGCUGAUCCAGAACAGCAAGCUCUACGUGAGCGGGGCACGUAAAGCAGAUGAGACGGGGAGCGAGCUCGCCGCACGCUUAUUGACCGAGAGCGAUGUCCAGAAGGUGUUCGACAGCAGUUCCGACGCCAUCACGGUUCAUGCCAUCAGAGUGCUCACCUCCAUCAUGAGCAAUUCGCCAUCGGCCAAGGAGGUGUUCAAAGAAAGGAUCGGCUACUCCCACUUGUUCGAAGUUUUCAGGAGCCAGAGCCAACCCACCGCCCACCUGCUUGAGGAGCUUCUGAACAUGGCAGUAGAAGGAGACCACAGCGCCUUCCCCGUCCGACUCAUCCGCAAUGAGCAGCCGUUGCUGAUGCUCAUCGCGUGGCUCCCUGAGCUGAAGUCACGGGACCUGCAGGUGUUCCUGUCCGACUGGCUGAAGAGGAUCUGCGACGCUUCCCUGCCAAGCCGCGUGACCUGCGUCAAGGCAGGGAUGGUCAGCUGCCUCCUGGACACCCUGCGUGCUGAGCAGGAGCUGGACCGGAAGUGCUCCAAAAACCUCAUCUACCUUCUGCAGGUGCUAGGCAGCCUCUCCAUCCGGCCGCAGGAGCUCCGCCAGCUCAUCAGGCUGCUAUGGACCGAGCCCGGCAAGGGGCCCCACCCUUAUACCACUCUGGUCAUCCGGGCGCUGUCUGGCAUGGCAAGGAAGGACCAGUCUGAGAGGGCACUGCAAUACUUCGACCUGAUGCCAAGCAUGGCCGGAAUUAUGGUGCCGGCCAUCCAGAAAUGGCCCGGGAGUGGCUUUGCCUUCCACGCCUGGGUCUGUCUGAACGAGGAGCCCGAAGGCUUGCCGGAUCUGCCUACGAGGCUGAAGCGAAAACAGCUAUACAGCUUUUUCACGGCCAGCGGCACCGGCUUCGAGGCGUUCUUCACGGCCGACGGGAUGCUGGUGGUGGCAGUGUGCACCAAGAAGGAGUAUAUGACGGUGGCGCUCCCGGACUUCACCUUCAACGAUUCUGCAUGGCACUGCAUCGACAUCGUCCACGUCACCGGCCGCCGGCCCUUCGGCCAGAACCUGGUCAACAUCUAUACAGACGGGCAGCUGCGGCAGGUGGCUCAGCUGCGCUUUCCCUCCCUCAAUGAGUCGUUCACCUCGUGUUGCAUUGGCUCUGCCGGCCACCGGACGACGACCACCUCCACGGUCUACCCCUCGCCUUCCCACUCGCCGGAGCCAGCCUUCCCCUCUCACCCCUCCCUCAGCCGCUCCCAAUCCUUCCCUGCCUCGUUGGCCACGCACUCCUGGACUCCCGGGGCCGCUCAGCCCCCCAGAGAAGGCCAGGUGUCUACAACCGUAGCAGGGAGUCAGGACACGGAGUGGGGGACCCCUACGUCCCUUGAAGGGCACCUGGGAUCGGUGUCCAUCUUCUGUGAAGCCCUCCAGCAGACCCAGGUCAAAGCACUUUUCUCCUCAGGACCAAACGUUACGUCACCACUCAAGCCAGAAGGCGACUUCCUGGAGCUCAGCAGCAAGCUGCUCCUCUACUACACGCCCCAGGCCUGUAAAAAUAACAUCUGCCUGGACCUGUCUCCAAACCGUGGUUUCGAUGGGAGGCUGACCGGACACAAAGUGGUGAACUGGGAUAUCAAGGACGUUGUGAACUGUGUUGGCGGAAUGGGGGUGCUCCUCCCAUUGCUGGACCAAGUGGCGGCCGAGAGAAAAGAAUCGGAGGACAGCCAGGAAACCCACGACCUGGUUGGGCCAGAGCUGACGUCCUCGCGGAGUCGCCAAGGCAUGCUCAUCCCCCUGAGCAAGUCCUCCGAGGGCAGACUGGAGAAUAAUGGCGUGGCUGCAUUUCUGCUGCUGGUCAAGAACUUUAUCCAGCAUCACCCCGUGAACCAGGAGAGCCUGGUGCAGUGCCACGGGCCGGCAAUCAUUGGAGCUCUGCUGCAGAAGGUCUCCAGCCUCAUGAUGGACAUGAACGUGCUGGUGGCGUUGCAGUCCCUGAUGGAGCAGGUGGCUGCCGAGGGCCACAGCUUCCUGCUACACCUCCUGUACCAGUUCCUGCUCUUCGACUUCCGCAUCUGGAGCAAGAGUGACUUCGCUGUCCGGCUAAGUCACAUUCAGCAUUUAUCGAGCACCAUCAAGGACCACAAGCAGAGGAGCCGCAAGAAAUACGGGGUCCAAUACAUCCUGGACUCCAUUCGGACAUACUACGGCACUCAUAAGGAGAAGCCGAUUCCCACGGACGACGUGAAGACGGUGCAGAUGUCCCUGUUCAGCCUGGUGAAGGAUUUCCUCAGCAAGAGCUUCUCUGCCGACGAGAUGCAAAGCGUCCUGAACUACCUGGCUGCGGUGCAUGAUGAACACCAGGUGUGUGGGGUUCUGGAGGUGAUCCAUGGCUUGCUGAAAGAACCGGCCUCCCAGGAGCAGCUCUACGCCUUCCUCUUUGAGUCGGGGAACGUGGAGAUCCUGUUCUCGCUGCUCGUCCAGAGGAAGUUCUCAGACGAAGUACGGGAGAGAGUCUUCAAGGUCCUGUACAAGAUGCUGAAAUACGAGAAGGCCCACGAGCGCAGCAAGUACCGCUUGAAGCUGAAGGACAUCGGCUACCAAGGGCUCAUAUCGUAUCUGAACGACAUCCCGGUGUCCAUGCUGCUCUUCCGGUGUCUCCUGGAGCAGGUCCUUGGCUCAGACUCUCCCAGCUACAAGGACCUGAUGGCUGUGGUGUACCUGUCCCACCGGGCGGAGCUGGCAGUCAGGCUGGAUACCUGCCGGAAGCUCUUCCACCUGAUCUACUCCCAGCACGACAUGGUGAGGCAGCUGGCGAAGCUGGCCGGCUGGCAGGACACGCUCACCAAGCUCUACGUCAAGGAGUCGUACGAGUCCCGCCAGCACAGUCUGAGCGGCUCUGCCAACGGGAGCUGUCUCGGCCUCCUGAAGCUCUCUGAGCACGGGGGCAAGGAGUCGGGCAGCGAGGCCGGGAAGGAGCGGCUGGACAGCACCAGCCAUGCCCUGGCAGACCUUCAGGACCUGGAUGUCUUCCUGCCGGUGGGCUUCGAGGCCUCUGACCACGAGCUUUCCGAGGGCUUCUCGGACCACUCCAUCUCCCCGACUGGUGGCUCCAAGCCCUUCCGCUCCUAUAACUUCAAAUCCUUCGACUCCUUGGACCGCACCAGCCACUCCUCCUCCAAUACUAUCGACAUCCCCGGCCAGGGGGAGGCCCCCUCCACCGACGCCCACCAGUUCGACGGCGUCUACCACCCGCUCUCGCCCUUCUGCAUGUCGCCCUUUGACCUCGGCCUCGAUCUGGCCAGCACCUGCUCCACCGCCACGGCGGAGAGCGGGAACCAGACGCCGGGGAGCUUGCCAGGGACCCCUUCCCCUCUGGAGUACUUCAAACCUUUCCCGGGCACGCAGGCUCGCAAAAGCUCCAGCCUCUCCAACGUCCUGGAUGAAAGCAGCUACCAAGAGACUCUGGCCAGCGAUGACGUCUCCAAUACCAGUAACCCCCAGCAAACGCCGGAGGAGGAGCUGUGCAACCUGCUCACCAACAUCAUCUUCUCGGUGACCUGGCGCGGGGUGGAGGGCUGGGACGACGCAGCCUGGAAGGAGCGCGGGCAGGUCUUCUCCGUCCUCACCAAACUGGGCACAGCCUGCGAGCUGGUGCGGCCACCAGACGAGAUCAAGCGCAGCCUCCUGGAGAUGAUGUUGGAAUCGGCCCUCACGGACAUCAAGGAGUCGGCCCCGGCCACUUUGCCCAGCCUCGCCCAGAACGCGCUCAAGUUGCUGAGGCUCCUCCAGGACUUCCUGUUUUCCGAGGGACACAACAACCAGGCCCUGUGGAGCGAGAAGAUCUACGAAGGGGUGAACAGCCUGCUGGACAAGCUGGGGGUGUGGUACCACUUGGCCAACGGGACCUCGGACCUGAAGGAGAUGGCUCAGAUCGGCCUGCACAUCCUCAUCGGGUACAGCGGGCUGGAGGAGGCCCAGCUGCACUCGCUGGCCUACGUCAAGCUCCACAGCCUGCUCCAGACGGCCUCGGCCCCCAAGGAGGAGGAGGCCUGCUACCUGCUGGGCAAGCUGGAGAGCCCCCUGAGCCGCGCGCUGCAGCCCAAGUCGGAGGCCUUCUCCUGGCUCCUGCCCAUCAUCCGCACGCUGCUGGACCAGUGCUACGACACACUGCAGCUACAGCACCUGCUGCCCUCGCUGCCCCCCACCAACGGCAGCCCCACCUUCUACGAGGACUUCCAGCUCUUCUGCACCACCCCCGAGUGGAGGGCCUUCAUCGAGAAGCACGUACAGCCCAUGAUGGCGCAGUUUGAAAUCGACACAUUCGCCAAGAGCCACGACCACAUGUCCAAUUUCUGGAACUCCUGCUAUGAUGCCUUGAUGAGCAGCUCCCUGCGCAGGGAGAGGGAGAAAGAGGAGAGCAGGAAAAAGUUCCAGGAGCUGAUUCUGGAGCCGGUGAUAAAGCGCUCCAAGUACGAACACAUCCGGCACGUGAACGUCCUGAAGCAGGUCAACAACCACCACAGCGUCGUCCUGAAGCAGUGGAAGGCCCUGCGCCGCCUGCUGACCUCGCAGCGCUCUGCCUGGGCCGACCGAAACCCCCCAGAGAUUCGCUGGAAGCUGUCGAGUGCCGAGACCUACUCCAGAAUGAGGCUGAAGCUGGUACCCAACUAUAACUUCGACCGCCACGUGGAGGCUAGCGCCCUCCGGGACAACCUAGGGGCAGAUCAUUCUCUCAGCCCUGCGGAGCCUCUGCCGCUGGCCGUGGCCAAGGAGGCGAAAGUGAGCGAGCUGGGGGAUGAUCAGCUGGCGGAGGAGGACCUUGAGUUCUUGGACAAUCAGGCUGAACCCAAAGAGCAGAGCCAGAGGGAGAAGCUGGUGAUCUCCGAGGACUGCGAGCUCAUCACCAUCGUGGCGGUGAUCCAGGGCCGGCUGGAGGUCACCACGCAGCACAUCUACUUCUACGACUGCAGCAGCGAGAAGGAGGAGACGGAGGAAGGGAUUGGCUAUGACUUCAAGCGCCCCCUGUCUCAGCUCCGGGAAGUGCACCUCCGCCGUUACAACCUCCGCCGGUCGGCGCUGGAAUUCUUCUUCAUCGACCAGGCCAACUACUUUGUCAACUUCAAGAAGAAGGUUAGAAAUAAGGUGUAUUCCUGUAUUCUCGGCCUGCGCCCACCCAACCAGAUCUACUUUGGCAGCAGGUCACCCCAGGAGCUGCUGAAGGCCUCAGGACUGACUCAGAAAUGGGUCUACAGGGAGAUCUCCAACUUCGAGUACCUGAUGCAGCUGAACACGAUUGCGGGGCGCACCUACAACGACCUGUCGCAGUACCCUGUGUUCCCUUGGAUCCUGCAGGACUACGUCUCCGAGGCGCUGGACCUGAGCGACCCGGACGUGUUCCGGGAUCUCUCCAAGCCCAUCGGGGUGGCCAACGAGAGACAUGCCAAGGAUGUGAAGGAGAAGUACGAGAGUUUUGAGGACCCCACGGGCAUGAUCGACAAGUUUCACUAUGGCACACACUACUCCAACGCGGCGGGCGUCAUGCACUACAUGAUCCGGACCGAGCCCUUCACCACCCUUCACAUCCAGUUGCAGAGCGGCCGGUUUGACUGCUCAGACCGCCAGUUUCACUCGGUGCCCGCGGCAUGGCAGGCGCGUAUGGAGAACCCGGUGGACGUGAAGGAGCUGAUCCCGGAGUUCUUCUAUUUCACAGACUUCUUGGAGAACCAGAAUGGGUUCGACCUGGGCUGCCUGCAGAUGUCGAACGACCAGGUGAACAAUGUCGUCCUCCCGAAGUGGGCCAGAUCCCCGGAGGAUUUCGUCCACAAGCACAGGAAAGCGCUGGAGUCGGAGCACGUGUCUGCCCACCUCCACGAGUGGAUCGACCUGAUCUUUGGGUACAAGCAGAGGGGCUCGGCCGCUGUGGAGGCUCUCAACGUCUUCUAUUACUGCACGUACGAGGGGGCCGUGGACCUGGACGCCAUCGCCGACGAGACACAGAGGAAGGCUUUGGAAGGCAUCAUCAGCAACUUUGGGCAGACUCCCUGCCAGCUGCUCAAGGAACCUCACCCAGUGCGCCUCUCAGCCGAAACCGCCACCAGGAGGCUGGCCCGGCUCGACACGUAUUCCCCCAACGUCUUCGAGAACCUCGACCAGCUCAAGUCCUUCUUCGUCGAGGGGAUCAGUGACGGGGUCCCGCUGGUGCAGGCUGUGGUCCCCAAGAACCAGGCCCAUUCCUUCAUCACACAGGGUUCCCCGGACAUGCUGGUCACGGUGAGUGCCAACGGCCUGUUGGGAACCCACGGCUGGCUGCCCUACGACAAAAACAUCUCCAACUACUUCAGCUUCACCAAAGACCCCACCGUCUCCAAUGCCAAAACCCAGCGCUUCCUCUCCGGCCCCUUCGCCCCAGGGGUGGAGGUGUCCUCGAAGACACUGACUGUCUCUCCUGACGGGAAGCUCCUCUUCAGCGGGGGGCACUGGGACAACAGCCUGCGGGUCACGUUGCUGAGCAAAGGGAAGGUUGUCGGGCACAUCACCAGGCACAUAGAUGUGGUCACCUGCCUGGCGCUCGAUCUGUGCGGAAUCUACCUCAUUUCGGGCUCCCGGGAUACCACCUGCAUGGUCUGGCAGGUCCUUCAGCAGGGUGGGUUUUCCAGUGGCCUGGCUCCCAAACCUGUCCAAGUCCUGUACGGUCAUGACGCCGAGGUGACCUGCGUCGCCAUCAGCACCGAGUUGGACAUGGCCGUGUCGGGGUCGAAGGACGGCACCAUCAUCGUCCACACCAUCCGCCGGGGCCAGUUCAUGAAGUCCAUCAAGCCCCCCUGUGAGAGCUCGCUGCCCGCCACUGUCUCGAACCUCGCCGUGGGCCUGGAGGGCCAGAUCAUCGUCCAGACCACCGUGGGGGGGAGAUCCUCCCUGAAGGAUAAAUUUGCCCUGCACCUUUAUUCCGUCAACGGCAAGCAUCUCUCCUCCGCCCCGCUGGAGGAGCAGGUCACUGCCAUGUGUGUCACCGAGGAGUUUGUGGUGCUGGGGACCAUGCAGUGUUCUCUCCAGAUCUUGGAUCUUCAGAGCCUCCAAGCAGCGGUGUUGCCAAUGCCUAUGAAGGUCCCGGUUCACAGCGUGUCCGUGACCAAGGAGAAGAGCCACAUCCUGGUGGGGCUGGAGGAUGGGAAGCUGAUUGUGGUGGGAGCGGGCCAGCCCUCGGAGGUGCGGACGGGGCAGUUUCACAGACUGCUGUGGCGUUCCACGCGCCGGAUCUCCCAGGUCUCCUCUGGAGAGACUGAGUACAACCCGCCCGAGUCCAAGUGACAGGCUUGGUGUGAGAUGACCUGUCCCCAGAGCAUUACUGGGCAGAGAUGUCCUGCAGCAGGAGGUCUCUGAGGGGUGGCUGAGGGGGCCGGUCCAGCCACACCACUCAGAUGUGUCUGCACUUCCCCUGGGAGCAUGGCGAUCGCUGUGAACUGCGGGAGCAUUGGGUCUCUUGACCACUCACUCUCAGAGUGUGCAGAGCUCAGGAUCCCUUUCUGAGCCAGGGGCCUGCACCGGUGACUCUGGUUUGCCGAGCCAGAUGCACGUGGGACGAUCUGGUCUCUGCCCCAGCACAUCCCGUUUCCUGCAGAGCUUGAAGUGGAAAAUGUUUUUGUAUUAUUCAUUGUGACUUUCUUGCUGGACGGAGAGGACGGGAAGUCCAUAGCCGGUGCCCCUUGCCGCCCAGCAGGGAAACGUUGCAAUAGAUGUGAGACGACGACUGUCGCUGCAUUCUCAGUCCUUCUUGGGUGGCCUUAACCAGACCUUGUUGCACUACGUAGAGAACUUGUACCAAAACCAAGAACUGCUUUCAGCAUGAGGCCGGUCUGCUGCAGAAAAGCUUUAAUGCGAUGAGACUGGCAAGAGCCUGCUCUGUUUUCCUCCCAGAUGUUGAAUUUUGACGGGCAACAAAUACCAGGGGCCCAGAAAGAUACCUACUGACUGUCUUGAACCAGCCCCAAAUCCUAGAUGUGUAUAAACCCCCUGCUGGCAAAGAAGGGUGUUCCGCUUUCAUUGGGAUUCUUCCAAAUAUGGUUUGUCUGCCUCUUCCACCAGAGGCACCCAAAUUCAGCGCCUCCUAGGGCCCCAAUCGUUUUCCUGUGGAGCCUCCUAACUUUCCUAUCGAUUUAUACGUUUUUUUUUAAGAAAACAAAAAUAAAUGUGCGCAAUCUUAUUGUCUCGCAAGACUCGUCUCUUCCAUGGAGCACGAGCCGGCAUGGCUCAUGGGAUGACUUCACCAGCAAUAAAACCCUGCCGUUGUUUAGCUUUGCCUUCGUCCUGCAGCUCCGGGGCCGUAGCGGAAGUCCUUCCUGGCUGCCUCUGGCUGCACGCCAGAUACCCUUGCUUGUAGGGGGAAAGAGAAUUCUUCUCACCCCACCGGGAGAGGGUCAGGCUGCCCUGCAGUCAGCGCCGGUGCAAGAGGUGUGAGGGUUUCCCUCUCGCAAGGAGCGCGGCUCUUAGUAAGGCAGCACGCACUGCCCCUUCCCCAACAGAGCAGCCCUCGAAGCAUGGCAUCUCCAUAAGGGCUCCCGGAGCCAAAGCAGAGCUCUUCCGAAGCUUCGAUGGGCUCGGUCCAAGCCAGUGGAGGUGAAUGCGAGAGGGAUCAUGACAGAAGUGAGAGAGCUCCAGCAGCAGACAUGAAGCAAUACUGGGAUUUUGUCUCCUUCAAAGUCUGGGCCCAAUAUUGAUCCCAUCUGCAAAUACCGCCCCUCCAGGAAGGCCCAUCUGUCCCUCCGACACACUGUCUGUUUUUGAUACUGAAGUGGCACACAGUAAAUAGGAAUUUGCCCAGAAGGAGGCUUGUUUUUGCAGCCAACGGCCAACACUUGCUGCUUUUAACCAACUGGGUGGGUUGGGAGGUGGUCCAGUCCUACAGACUUUCCAUCCCUGGUCAUGGUGAGAUUUGAAAUGCUGGCACCUUCUCUGAAGGACUCAGGUUCUGAUCUAAGGGUUGUCCUAAGGGUUCAUGUAUGACCAAGGCCUUGUUGAUCCAGGGAGGAACAGGGGAGUGGGGGGUUGGGUUAGGCUAGAAGCAGCUGUCUGAGGCUAUUGCACAUUUGUGCCCUGGACAUCUCCCCAUUCAGACAUAGCUUACAGCUGCAGGGAGCCCAGCAGUCCCUGUGAAAUGGAACAUUCCGUGUUUACGAUGCAGGGCAUGAGCCCGUCACCAGAGCGUCUGGGAGUGAAUGGCCCCCGAAGAAGGGGGUGAUGGAUCGGUCCUUGUAGGACACGGUUACUGUCACUUAGCUGGAAGGAGGAGGGAGCUGCUGUGUUGUUCCCCACAUUUUCUCUCCGAUUUAAAAACUCCCCUUCCGUCAGGUAAGCCAGGGAUGGAAGAGACUGGCAGGGCUUUACUCCAGCCAUGCUCCAGAUGCGUCUGGGCGGAGAGCUAUGGAACCCACAGCCUUUCUGCAUUAUGUUGAUGCUCACAGUGACAAGUGCCCUGGUGCCAUUCAGCUCUCCCUACCCCUGGCGCCAGUGACUGCCCAUCACUAUUGCAGGCACAGCCCUCCGGGCUGGGCCGGGCUUUGGUUCACAGAGGAAGGGCCGUGACUAGCUUGAAGCCAUAGGAAAUUCCACACCUGACUCCAACCCUGCUCGAACAUCUGGAGAUGUUGGAAUCUUGGGCUGAGCUUCACAACUGGGGCCCCUGUUCUCCGUAAACGGCUGGAUCUGAACUCCCCAGAGAUGGGGGAGGAGAGGUUUGGGUCUGGAUCCAAACCUCAUGGCUUCCGAACCACGUGAAACUUCACAGUCCUAGAGUCAGGAGGGGUUGUAGUGAGGUGGGUUGAAGAGCAGCCUCUGUCCUUUCCCCUCAGCCCCCGAACCCAUUCCCUGGCUCUAGGAAAUGGAUCUCUCCCCUGUCUCCAUAUACUCUAGGUAUGUUACACCGUGUUAGUAAUGCCACAGUGUGGACACAGACUGCUCCCCCAUGUCCAGGGAUUUCUCCUAGAAGUCGCAGGUCCCUGGUGAAGAUCUGUGGGAGGGAGGCAGGGCGGAUGCUGUGUAAAUCAAAGAGAUGGUCAAGGAACGUUAGGAUUUGAGUGCAGUUCUUGACGGGUUGAAAGCCAUGUGUUGUGCCCUGGGUUGCUAGUCCCCAUCCCAUUCAGUGAAGAUGUACUUUGCUUUUAUUAUUCAUAACGUUGGGUCAUUAAAGCCGCUGUACCAUCCAUCCUCACAACUUUCUUCCAUCGGUCCUCCAGGGUCCCUUUCCAUCAAACUACAACAGAUGAUGGUUAUAAAUGGUUUGGACCUUCCACGCCGUUGACACCUCCUGACCAAAAAAGGGAUGGUCACUGUCUUGGGACACUAAUUCGGUAGUUUCUUUCCAACAAGGGCUGAGAGGAGAGGACGUGGGUCCGUUGUGGCUCACGCUGGAGGAAACAUCUACUGUAGGCCUGGGACAAUCAGCUGUAGAUGCUGAACUGCAAAUGCCACUAAUAAGGGGAGAGAGGCUCUCUAAAUGCACCGCUUGUUAGCCACUGGACCCUGUUGCGUGCGGAGGCUGCUACUGGUCUGGAGGUGACUUUGUGAUGGGUGGCUGGUUAGAUCACACUUGUGCACUGAACAGUGCCUCAGUUCUCUUCACAAAAGAUUUAAAAAAGCAAGAACCACCAACACUGGGCAAGAGGCUCAAGCAAUGCUCUCAACUUCAUUCCCUGGGUGAAGAUCAAUGUUUAACCACCGACAGUGCAAUAUUUGCAACUUGUAGAGAAGACUCUUUUUAGCAUGUGUGCUGUAUUGCGGUUUGUGUGUAUAUAAUACGAGAUAGAUAGAUAGAUAGAUAGAUAUAGGUUUUGUAACUUUUUUGAAUGAUGUAAAUCUAAAGAUUUCUAUUCCUUUUUUCCCCCAGAAACAGGGUGGUAAGUAUUUGGAGCUUCCCAGAAUCCUGCUGGCUUUUAUAGAGCACUGAGGGACCUACAAGCCUCACCAUGGAUUUGUCUGUCAUCCUUCUUAGAAUUGCUCAGGCCAGUGAAAAUUUGAAGGGGUCUUUGCUGGCCCUGUUCUGAAGAUGCUUGAAUUCUAGGGGUACCUGCUCUCUGGUUGGCCUCUGCCAUGUUCUUCUACUUGAAGAGGUUUUUCUUUCCCUCCUUUCACUUUGCUUGUACCUUCUCUGGUUUUAUGGAGUCAGGAUGCAACUUGCUGAGGGAUCUUCCCACUCCAGUCUUCUUCACAAACAGGAAUGCUUGGGUCAUAUCUCUGAGACUUCUGUGUAGGGAAGGCAGGCUUGGGAUGCUCCCCUUCAAAGGGAAUGGUUUCCUUCUAACCCUGCAAGAUUCCUUCCGGCUCCGCCCACCCCUGGAAUAACAAUGUGAAACCUGAUCUUCGGUCUUGAGUGUCUACAUUACACGGCCGGGUUGGGGGCACAGCUGUUCAAGUUGGCCUUUGGGCAACCUAACGUAAGCACCCAAAUUUAGAAAAAAAACUGGCCCUCAUGCCUGGUCCCUGCGUGCAGUGGUAAGACACUAGGGUGGUUACAUGGGGGGCCACCUACUUCUCUACCUCUUCUGGGAAGUGAAUGGCUCACGGUGGAUCUGCCUUUUGGGGAAGUGAAUUCAAGCAAGUGGUUUGACCAGGGUAGCACCACUGGUACUCCCAGCUCUCCGGCCUGCUGGAUGUAGCGUUGGAGCCUUCAUGCCAAUCAGUGGUGCUACCUACUGGUCUCCAAGCAUCCUGAAUCUUGGGGAGGAGGGGUGUUAACAAAUCCACCCUCCUUGUGUCAGAUUGCAUCCCACUCAGACCUGAACGCAGUUCUCAUUCCUGUAUGGACUGGAGCAGUGUUUGCUUGGGGAGACUGGCAAAGCAUUUGAAGGGACAAGCUGAUAGCUGGGAGCCAAUCCAGGAAUUCAGACUCCCCAUCUCUGACCAAGUGGUCCUCCAGGCAUUGUUUAUGGGACCAUUGCUUACGCUUUUCCUUUAGAGCCAGCCUUGAGGAGAAAUGGACCAGCCGAGUCUUUCACUCACACUCCAGUCCCCACUGUCCAGCAGGGAAGACAAGGGUGAAUGACAAAUCCACACAAGGGAUGUGUUUGGUGCUCAGAAAAAUGUAUUUAUAUGGUAGCUUUGUCUACAGAUUCUUUCCAAAAGCAAAAUAAAGCACAAUCCGAUAAACAUUUAUGCCUUAAACUUGAAGAGGAGCAUGGCCUCAUUCUGUAGGGGGACAGGUUAUCUGGUUUGCUAGCAAUGUACGACGUAUGUGAUCUUUAAUAAACUUUAUAAAGGAA